AUGUCUAAGUGUAAGCGUAAUUGCAUCAGCGUUGAGGACAAGGUAUCAUAUUCUGAUUCGAUUCAUGAGAAGCCAAAGAAAUCUCAAUAUUCCUUUGAGGAUGGUUUCUCUAUUAGCUGUGAUGACAGUCUCUCCACUUCAUUAGUACCACCCCCUCAAAGAAAGACUUGUCAUAACUGUGGUCUGUUUGGAUCCCAUAGAUGUUCACAAUGCAAGCAAGUAUACUAUUGCUCUACAGAUUGUCAGAAAGAAGAUUGGCCAGCACAUCGUGUUGUGUGUGAGACAUUUAAGCCAAAGUAAGUUUAUUCUGAGAGCUUAACUGUUAUUGACAUAUUACAGGAGGAAAUGAUGUUGAGUUUUGCUGUAGAAGUUGUUAUUUCAGAUUCUGGAGACUACCUAGCUAAAGUACCUUUACAAACAAAGUCUGGUAUCACUACAGGAACUGAUGCUGAAGGAGGAGACUCUCCAAGAGUGUCAGAAGGCCAUUCUGAGAAAAGUAAAGCCAAAAUGCCUCAAGGUGAAGACUAUCUUAACUGUGCUCAUUCAGCUCCAGAUAUCUCUGUAUGUGUUGGAGAUGUGUUUUCUGCUAUGGUUUCUGGCAUGCAAAGUCCAGAAGACUUUUUCUGUCAGCCAGUACGCAACUGCCAUCAAUUUGCUGAGCUUCAAGUGUCUCUUAAUGAACACUGUGACAAACUUCCCAGUAGUCCAGCUUUCCGUCCUCCUGUUGGACAUGUGUGCUGUGCCCAGUUCACAGAAGACAAUCAUUGGUAUCGUGCUACUGUUGUAGCGUAUGUCUCUGAAGAGGCUGUUGUGGCAGAGUACAUAGAUUAUGGUAAUUCUGAAGUUCUUCCACUAACUAGACUUCGUCCUGUGAUUCCAAGAUUAAUGGACCUGCCAGCUCAAGCUAUAAGGUGUACCUUGGCAGGUGUAAAGCGACCAUUAGAAGGGUGGACCUCAGAAGAUACUUGCUUUAUGAAACAGCUGGUGAAAGGCAAAGUGUUCACAGUAAAAGUACUGGAUAAACACAGUUACAGAUCUGUGGUGGAGCUUGUAGAUGCAUCAGUUACCCCAGCAAUAAAUGUAUCAAGCCAUCUCAUAGAGAGAGGCUGUAGAGCUGAAGAACCAAGAAUGGCCUUGCCAGCAAUUGAAACAAACAAUGUUAAGCAAGCAAAUGCUUUCUUUUCAUCUCUGUCCUCUCUAGAGGACACAACAAACAAAAGCAUUUGCAAGUGGAAUAAAUUAACUCCGAAACAAACAGUCGAUGUCAUAGUGUGUACGCUGUACAGUCCUGGAGAAUUCUACUGUCAUAUUUCAAAUAACAGUGAGCUACAUGCUCUAAGCUUACUUAACAAAUCACUGUCUGAAUACUGUCAGAGAACGCCACCAAAUGUUUUUAAGCCUGAGAAUGGAGAACCUUGCUGUGCCUUCUUCUCUGGUGAUGGUUACUGGUACCGUGCAUUGGUGCAAAAUGUUUGUUCAGGUGGGACUGUUAAAGUGCGCUUUGUGGACUAUGGAAACGUGGAGGAAGUACCACUGGAUAAAAUACGGCAGAUCUCAUCCUCAUUCCUAAAACUUCCAUUUCAAGGAAUUAAAUGCUGGCUCUCAGGUAUAAAACCUGCUAGCAGCAAAUGGAUUCCAGAAGCUACAGCAAGAUUUCAUUCAUGCACUGUAGGGAUGAAGCUUCAAGCCAGAGUAACUUCCCUUUCCAGGGAUGGGGCAGGUGUAGAGCUUAUUGAUAAUUCCACAGGUUGUCCUAAAGUGAUCAAUGAGUUACUAACUUCUGAAAAACUGGCUGUAAAGGAAGCUCUUCAAGAAAAAAAUAAGCUUCCCAGCAAGCCUGUUGACAAGAAAGAAACCUCACUUCGGCACUGGAAAUCGAUCAAAUUGGCUAUAGAUGAAACCAUGUCUGUCUGUGUAACAGGAGUUGUAAGCCCAGACUUGUUCUAUGCUGUACCAGUUAAAACUAAAGAUCAACUACAUAGGCAGUUGAUUGAACUACAAGACUAUUGUAAAUCUUGUGUUAAGGAGCCCUUCAAACCAAAAUCAGGUGAAGCCUGUUGUGCCAGGUUUUCAGGUGAUGGCCGUUGGUACAGAGCUCUUGUUCUGAAAGCUUUUCGGUCUGUUGUGGAAGUCCUGUAUGCAGACUAUGGGAACAAAGAAACUUUACCACUUUCAGAGGUGCUGCCAAUCACUGAUUCCUACUUAAAGCUGCCAUUUCAGGCAAUUACAUGUUCACUUGCAGGAAUAGAGAAAUCUGAGCAGCCUCCAUUAUUACAAGUUGACAAGUUGAAAGAAAUGUUAUUGAAUAAAUGUGUCACGAUUAAAGUGAAAGAGAUUAAUGGAAAUGUUAAUGUAGUAACAGUGGACAAACUUUGGGAAAACAGCAGUCUGAAAGUAGCUGUAACAGAAGGUUUGGUCAAAUCCAGCAGUGCUGAAAGCUUACGCGCUGAACGUCAAGGCAGUGCAUGUGGGACCGAAUGCUGCUGCACAGAAUUAAAAAUACAACUUAAAAAGCAUGAGCAGAUCCUACUCUUCCUUUUAAACAAGUAUGGGAAUCCAGAUGGAUUCAAUGAAAUGAAAAAACUGUUGGAACACUAA